AUGCCUGCCAAAUUUUCUUCCUUUUCUCGACUUUUCUCGAAGUGGAAACGACGUGCUGCUAGGGAAGAAGCUACGAAUAUACCUGCGCCGAAAACGAACGAGGACGACGAUGGUGCUAUCCCGGGUCCUAGUAGUGUUUCAAAUAUGGUAGCUCUAGCUGAGGGGGAGCUUAUUGUGUCUGCAUUAGCACCCGGCGAUACUCUAUCGGUGGCAGCUCCCAGUGCCCACGAGCCUGGGCACACAGAGGCCAAGCGCAACAUUUGGAGAGAAGCAUUCGAAAAACUACCUAGCAAGCUUCGAGAAGAUCUGGAGGUUAGAGGGAUGAGAACAGACAAUCCCGAUCCUCUCAACCUUCAGAUCGAAGCAUUCCAAAACGAAGCCAAAUUACAACAGGCCAGAAGCGAGGAGAGAGAUUGGAAAGUCCGCAUUGGGCGUCACGAGCUUCAAGUUCGACAAUUGACUGUCAGCAUUACCAAAUGGGCAACGAAGAUUGGUGACGUCGCCAUCAAGUUUGCACCCUCACCAGGCGCUGGAGUCUGGGCUGUCGGAGUUGACACCUUUGAUACGGAAAAAGUUGCCCUGCUCUCAGUUGUCGAUAGAGUGUCAAGCGCCAUCUUCCGGGCUGAAGUUUACUAUGAAAUAUACACCCUCGAGAGGACCCAGCGAGCGGACGUCGUGCAGAAGCUCCAUGACGCAAUGGUUGACCUAUAUGGUUGUGUUUUGGAGCUUUUGGCUAAGUCAUCAGAUCUCUCUUCAAGGACUGCGAUUCAAUUUUGCCACGCCAUUUUUGACACGCAAAAGCCAUCCGGGAUACUGUCACAGCUUGAGGAAUAUGAACAAGCCCUCCAGACAAAUGCCGAAUAUUGCGAAAUAACAGCAAAUGCUCAUGAAGAUGAUUCCUUGAAGGAGUAUCUUCAAGAAGCACAGCUCUUCCUGAAGAACUUUGAGCAAUAUAUGCUGAUUAUUGAUAAUUACGACCGAGAGCAGCUUAUGGAAUGGGUCUCAAAAGUUCGGUACGGUCGUCACUUUGAUGAGAUUGAAGAAAAGAGAUCUCCUGAAACAGGGAAUUGGCUUAUCGAGCACACACACUUUCAAGAUUGGAUCAAGUCGCCUUCAUCAAACAUAUUAUGGUUGCAAGGUUAUCCCGGCACAGGAAAGACCUUUUUGACCUCAGCAGUGGUGAGACACUUCAAGGACAAUAUGGAGGCCCAAAAAAACGGUCUAGCCUUCUUCUUCUGCAACCAUGCUGAGACCGAACGACGUGAAACUCUUUCAAUACUGCAAUCCUUAGUACGCCAGCUCGCUGCCCCAAAAAGCAACAACAUUGCCGUCAGAAAAAGUCUCCAAGAAGCACGAGGCCGUGCCGUUGCACAAAGCUCUCAUCUUGGCUUAUCAGAAUGCCGAAAUCAACUCCUCGAGUCAUUGGAUUUAUAUUCAACAACUGUCAUCAUUGUUGACGCCUUGGACGAAGUUAGUUCGGAGGAGAUUCAUCACUUGACGAAAGAGCUUGAUUACAUCAUGUCUCAGAGUCGAGACAAAACAGUCAAACUCUUCAUAUCAAGUCGGCCUGAGGAGGCGAUUCGCAUAGCGUACAAUUUGAGCCCAACCAUAACCAUCAACGCUUUGGAUAACAGAGCCGAUAUUGAGAAGGUCUUGAUUGCAAGACUGGAAACGAGCCAAAAUCCAAAAGUCAACGGGAGGAAGGAAGAGAUAGCUGAAAGCAUCCUUUCCAACUGUGACAAUGUCUUCCUGUUGGUUGAUCUCCAGAUAAAGCAGAUACUUAAAUGCAAAACGGCCGACGCAAUUGACUAUGAGCUCAAGAAUAUUCCCAAUGGACUGAGUGAGAGAUACGACCGAAUUUUUUCCGAUAUUGAAGCGCAUUCCCUGCUCGAUGCACAGAUGGCAAAGCGGACGCUUCAGUGGGUCAUUUCCGCACCUGAACUCCUGACAACCGAUGAGAUCGUCUGCGCAGCUCGUAUGGGAAUUGAAAACAACGAGAUUGCACUGAAAAGUGACAUUUCACCAGAAUCCUUGCUGGCAAUAUGCGAAAACCUGCUUAUGGUUGAUUCGAAAGGCCAAUGGAGAUUCUUUCAUCUUUCAGUCCGAGAUUAUCUGAAAGGAAAGCCAAGAUUCGAAGACGAAGCACACUCUCAGUCCAUCACCCAGUGA